AUGGAGGCCCUCCCUUAUGAUAACAAAGGCUUGAUGCCUUCCCAAAACCCCAAUGUUCCCGUCAGAUCCGAUGUCCACGUAACCCAAGGACCUUCUCCCCAACAUUUAAAUGUCCCAAGACAUCCGGCUGCAACCUCUGGCCCACACAUCGAGACAUUCAUUGGCAACAAUUUCCCAGUUAUUCCUCGAUUCACACCUCCAGUUUCUGGGCCCAGCGAGGAGAGCGUUAAAGAGCCUCGUCGUUUUAAAUGCAGCCGAGAACAGACUCUUGCUCUCGAAAGAUUAUACCAACAGUGCCCCAAACCAAACCAAGCUACUAAAAGGGAUCUAGCUCACGCUAUUAACCUUUCCCCCACUCGAGUUAAUAUUUGGUUCCAAAACCGAAGGCACAGGGCUAAGAAGCAUAAGGAGAUCCAAGAGGCCAAGAUGGCACAGAUUUUAGAAACCGCAGGUCGGGAACGCAUGGCAAAGAUCGCUCUCGGUGGUGUCCCUAUGGCAUUAUCGGAGUCUUCUAUAUCUGAUUUGGAAACACCAACUUCUACUACAUCUACACAGUCUUCUCUCCCACUACUAACAACAGAAUUUAACCCUGCAAGCUCUACAAGCACCUCUCCACUCUACUCAUCUUCUAAAGAAGCUGCCGCCGCCUCCCUCGCAAGAUCUAUUGCUAUCGCCAGUGCAUAUGCUUCUUCAUAUGAGGGAGAGGGUGUUCCUCAAGCUUAUCACGCUGGCGCCGCCUCCUAUGAUGGCCCCCCACCACAAAACUAUUCACUUGAUCCAUACGACCCAAAUUUCUACCCAGUGUCUAACUUCUCCGACUGGGGCUCUUCCUCCUACAACUCCUCUGUCUCCUAUACACCAACUCCGGCUGGACAGCGUGAAGACCCUUUUGAAUUCGACAACAUGUCGGCAAUGAACUCUCCAUAUCAUAAUGCACCCCUUUCUGGUGUCCCACCUGUUUUUCAGGACGACUACUCCGCCUUUGCAGCUGCCGUGCAGAUGAACUCCCUGCCCAAGACUAUAAACAUGAGCCUCAAGUCACGACCUGUUCCUAGUGGAUUAGUCCUCAAGAAUACCGACCGACCGGCACUUUCUCGAGUGGCUACUUGCCCAGAUCUUUCAAAUGUUGAAAACAUUUCGAUGCAACAAACACACAGACCAAUGCAUACAUCAUCAGAAGCCUCUUCGCCAGUUCUCGAGAACGGCCACAAGCAACUAGCUGCUCAAGGUAUGGAAAGGUCUCAGUCAUACACUGAGCGACCAUCUCUACAGCAAGAAAUUGCCCUUCGACGCCUUCGACCUAUGCCACCUUCCCUUGGACCGAACGCUCGGACCCAGCGCAUCUUCCAUGGCAAAAUCAAUGGACCUCAUUCUGCACACGGAACUCCACUUCCAACGCCACCUUCGGAUGCCGAUUUUGGUAAUGCUACAGUUCAGCACAAACUCAAUAGGAAGCCCUCGGACCUCUCCAAAGAACACACUCCAGAUGUUCCAGACCUCGAGAGCGAUGGCGGCUUUACCAAUGAGGAUGCACCCAUUAAGCAAAACCUUGCCUCGCCACCCCCUACCCCUGAGACGGCGGGGUUGGCAGCAGUUAAUGGGUCUUUCAAAAAAGAGUCCUCGGAUCAACAAUAUACUAAUUUUACAAAGAUGCUCGAGCAAAGCUCUCCUAUUGUUCCUACUGCCGCCUUCGACGGCCAUUCCAACUUCCAGCCAAAUGUUGAACACUGGAUCAACGGUCACCCACAACCUUACUGGGCUUCUCACGGCCAAUCCGACAACGUCAACUAUGAUAUGUCUCAUCAAUCCCAGCUGGCCUAUGGGAUGCAUGACGGCCGACAACACUAG